GUUUUGAUUCAGCAACAGGAUUGAAUAUAAGGGCAGCCAGCCAACACAGUGUUAUCAUUUGAAGAAAAGAGUUCUGUCGCUUAUCAGGAUAUUCGAGGGCACCAGCUAAAUCGGCUCAGGAAUCAUCUGAGCGAGGGAUAACCUAUAGUUGCAUUCGGAAAGCGAAAAACCCACCCACUCACUCACCCACGGAUGUGUCUGUACUUGGGAGUCGUGGAACACCUGCUGGAUGUGGUGGCCUACUGCAUGUGCCGUGUCCUGGAGCUGUCCCUGUUCACCUGCAUGAUGGUCUGCGGUUCGCUGAAGGCCAAGCUGACCCAUGGACCCACCAACGAGCUGGAGCAAUGACCAGGACACUACGAGAGCUGCUAAAGGAUGCGCUCCCUGCAUUUGUGUGUGUUUCGACUAAAAUUUAAUAAAUGAAUCUUUUUCUAUAGUGGCGAAUAAAUUACGACUUAUAUAUGUGUGUGUAAAAA